AUGAAUGACACCAGGCCCCAGUCUCUGUUCUUCGUCAGUCUGCCGGAGCUACAAAAACUCUGUGCCACUACAGUAACACUGAGUUCUCAGAUACCGGAAACUGAGACAAGGAAUACACAGCUAAAGAUUUGCAGACAGUUAUUAUUCCUGCAUCAAGACAUCCUUUCUGCACCUGUUAUUGGAACACUAAAUCAACUUUCAGUUGUAAUGGCGAUACCAUUUUACAAAUCAGGCAUAUGCCAAGCCUACAUAGAGAAACAAGGAGCUACUCUGGAAGCACCACAAACAGUUAGUCCAGCCAUUCUCCAAACCUGUCUCUCCUACACGCUUACAGCCAGACUUGCACCCAGAUGGAACAAGGCUGGUCAUCUCUUGGUGCAAGGUAAAGAUUUUUUGUCUCAUUCAGGAAGGCAAAAUGCUGUUGUUAUAGACCUCAAUGUAUCAGAGAGACAGCUUUGCAUCAGUGUGGAGCCUUGCUCAAUUCGGUUGCCACCCCCUGAGCUGGGAGAUUUUGAUAUUUCAGCAAACACCUUAAAGCUGUUUGACAGCAAUGAAAAUACAGUUAUUCACCAACAUUCCAUAUUAAGUAACUGGUGCUAUGUUUUGCCAAGCAUGAAAAUGGGUCAGAUCAUAAACAUCAGCCACAUAAUUCCUCCAGAAUCUCCUUUCCAUUCAUAUAAAGAAUUUCAGAUACACUGGAAGAAUCUGUAUGGAUAUAUUCUUCCAGAGGAUCUUGAAGAGACAAAAAUAUACUUCAGUGUUUACUUCAAACCAAUAGGGGAAAGAUUCUUUACGUACCCUUUAAGUUGCAUCCGAAGUCAGCCAGUGCAGUAUUUCCCUAGAACAGGUUCAGAAAAUGUAUUGAAUUCUUUUCUUUCUGACAUGAAGCGUAAUCUUUCACAUAUAUGUGGAUUUCCAGUAAAGAUGACAAGUAAAGCACUUUAUGCUACACAGGAACUCUUCAGGGCUCCGGUGCGUGAAAUAAAAUCUAAGCAUAUGAAAUUGGCUGGUGAGAUGGUUUGUGUAGUAUCUCUAACGCAGGCUCCUCCAAGGAAACAGACUUUGCCUAGAAUUUCUUCACCAUGCAGUAUGGAAAACAGCCACUGGAUGGAGCGUUUGUUCAAAGAGCCAGAAACACACGCUUUUCCGAGUAGCCGUAAGGAUACAGAAAAGGUUAGCAUUGGAGCAACAGAGAAAUCAGUGAAUAAGAGGCAAAUACCAGAAGUACCAGAGUUACCAGUUGUGAAAUCUUUAGGAGUGUCUAUAAAUUCAGCCUUUGAACUACCCUCCAAAAAAGUCAGCAAAAUUAUACCAAUUUUCAAAGGAAAGUUGAUGCAAAUGAAUGGAAAGCCCACAAAUCAAAUGAAUGGGAAGAAAAGAGAACAUGCUGAAAGACAUUCACCAAUAAAAAUUAUGGGUGUUUCAUCUUCUAUGCUAAGUGUGUGCAAGUCUAGCAUAACUCAGGUUUACAAACCUGUUCAAAAUAUGUCAGUCAAAAAUCCUACUCAUAGCAGCGUACUUCAGGUAAUGAAUGCGAAAACAUAUACGAAACAUGGUAUACCUGUAUUUCGGUGGAAAACAGAGUCUGGUGGACAAAUGACUAAUUCUGAUUUUUCUGAUAACUUGGCUUUGGGUGGGAAUUCAAGUGAAGUCAACCACGAAAAGGCAAACCCUCCUUCUUUUCUUAAGAAUGUUGGGUCAGUGCUUCAGAAAUCGAACAUCAAUCUGAAUCUGAAUACAUAUCCAUCUCCUACUUCCAGUGCAAGAAGGGGAAAAAAGUUUGCAAGUCAAAAUACCACGCAAGUUCUUGAGAAACAACACCAGUCAAAGAAAGUACAUUUGCAGAUUUGUAAAUUAGACAAUGAAAUGACAAAUUCCAGUUUAUCACAGCAACAAAGAAAGAGAUCAAAUGAAGGAGUAGAGUUAAAUAUUCAUGAAUCUGUCUUAAAUGAUACAGUGUGCAUCUCCAAAAAUGAAGAAAAUAAAGCAGCCUGCCACUCUAAGGUCUAUAUUGCUAAGACAACCAGUCAUCAUUCCAAGUCUAACUUUGAACAGAUGAUUACAGGGAAUGAGGAUCUGACAUGUGAAACACUGACCUCAAAACCGACUUCCUCAGUCAAGGAGAGCAACAUGGAAGCAUCUGUAAAGAAAGGUUGUGCCAGAAGAAGACAGAAAGAAGAAGGUUAUUUGAAGUUAAAGAAAGCCAAAAGAAGUAAGCCUUCUAUUUAG